CGACCCUUCGCUAGUUUCCAUCCUACAACAGCAGCAUAUACAGUAAAACACUGCACACGGGCAGGCAGUUUCAUUCACGCUCUACCAAGAAAGCGCUUUAGCACUGGAAGCACUUUCCCACUUCUCUGUUGGCAGUUUGUAAACAACGGUGCAAACAUGGAGGAACCAAUUCAACAACCGCAACAGCAGUUGCCAUGGACCGGGACAGAGAGACAGCCCCCGCCAUGGACCGACGAACUGGCGGAGAUGUCCCGGCACAUCUAUACUCGUCAUGGUGCUGGCGACGCACUUCAGAAGGUGAACAGAGGGACAUAUUCCAGACGUAGCCGGCUAAAGAGGUCAGACGGAAGCACCACCUCUACCAGUUUCAUUCUCAGACAGGGUUCAGCUGAUUCCUACACUAGCCGACCAUCUGACUCCGAUGUCUCUCUGGAGGAGGAACCGGCAGGAGGCAAGCUGGAAAAGGAGCAGCAGGCUGCUGUACAGCUGGAGAAGGCCAAGGCCAAGGCAGUGGCUUUUGCUGUAAAGACAAAUGUCAGUUACUGUGGAGCCCUGGAUGAAGAUGUCCCUGUGGCAGGAACGGCCAUUUCCUUUGAUGCCAAGGACUUCUUGCACAUUAAAGAGAAGUACAGUAACGAAUGGUGGAUCGGCCGUCUGGUGAAGGAGAAUGGUGAGAUCGGAUUCAUCCCCAGUCCACUGAAACUGGAGAACAUUCGUCUACAACAGGAGCAGAAGAGGGGUACUCGUUCAUACGGUAAGUCCAGUGGGAAUUCCUCGUCCAGUCUAGGUGACAUGGUUUCGGGGGGGUUCAAACCCAACCCUCCCUCCGCAGGCAAGCAGAAGCAGAAGGUGACUGAACACAUCCCUGCCUAUGACGUGGUCCCCUCCAUGAGACCAGUGGUCCUGGUAGGGCCGUCCCUGAAGGGAUAUGAGGUGACAGACAUGAUGCAGAAAGCGCUCUUUGACUUCCUGAAGCACAGGUUUGACGGCAGGAUAUCUAUUACAAGGGUUACAGCAGACAUAGCUCUGGCCAAAAGGUCAGUGCUCAACAACCCCAGCAAGAGGGCCAUCAUUGAAAGAUCCAACACCAGGUCUAACUUAGCGGAGGUCCAGAGUGAGAUUGAGAGGAUCUUUGAGCUGGCCAGAUCCUUACAGCUGGUGGUUCUGGAUGCUGACACCAUCAAUCAUCCGGCCCAACUCAUGAAGACAUCCUUAGCCCCCAUCAUCGUCCAUGUUAAAGUGUCCUCUCCUAAGGUUCUACAGCGGCUGAUCAAGUCAAGAGGAAAAUCCCAGAGCAAACACUUGAAUGUGCAGCUCGUGGCAGCAGACAAACUAGCACAAUGUCCCCCGGAAAUGUUUGACAUCAUUCUGGAUGAAAACCAGCUGGAGGAUGCGUGUGAGCACCUGGCAGAGUACCUGGAGGCCUACUGGAGGGCCACACACACCUCUCUCAGCACCCCUCUCAACCCUUUGCUAGGCCGUAACCUGGGAUCCACUGCUCUCUCUCCUUAUCCCACAGCCAUAACUGGACUGGUCAACCCACAGGGCCAGAGAAAUUCAAACAGGAACAGCAAUCACACAGUGGGAGACCACUCCCCCGUUGAGCGACGUAGCCUGAUGCCAUCAGAUGAGAACUACCAUAACGAGCGGCAGAGGAAGAGCCAUAACCGCCUGUCCUCCGGCUCUCAGCACAGCCGGGACCAGGUCCACUACCCCCUAGUGGAAGAAGACUAUCACGACCCCUACCAGGACACAUACAAGCCCCACCGCAACCGCAACGGAUCACCCGGAGGCUACAGCCAUGACUCAAGGCACAGGCUUUGAGCGGAAGACCCCACGAAUACCACUUAAGCCUCUCUUCCUCACACCGAGUACAACCGAACCACAUGACAGCUCUCUUGUGUAAAUGUACUAUAACUACUUUUUUUAUAGUGUUUGUACCUCGCUUUCCCUCUGGCACUGGUUCACGCUGGAAACGUGAAUAUGACUGGCAAAAAAAAAAAAAAAAAGAAAUCACAAUGCCUCCGUUUUUUCCUCGUGUGGAAAAAAACAAAAAAUGUAAUAAGGAACAGAUUUUCUCCAUGUUUUUUUUGGUCAAGGAGAGACCAACACUAGGCUUGUCUUCUUCACUUCAUCAUGGCAGAGACUUGACAUGGUCUGCCAGCCCUCUACUCCCUGUUGCCUCGGUGUUAGCUGGGCUAGCUGUCGUGCUGGUGAUGGUGAACCAGUGCCAGACAGCACCAAGCAUUCCCUGAUCAGCACAUAACCUCUUUGCACGUUUCUAGGAGCCAAUAGCAGCAGAGUCAGUGCACUGUAUCUUAAAUUAAUGUCACUAAGUUGUUUAAAGUCAUCUUGGAUGUGAGUGUUUCCAGUCCUGUAGCCUACUGCCCUUUCUUAGAGCAGGCAAAGUUCCUUUUUGGCAAAAUAUUGAGUGACUUAAUAGGGGGUACUGAUUUGGAAUCUUCUAGUUUACCAAGCUUCUAUCCCCCUUUUCUUCUCAAUGAUACAGGACAAAAUAUCACUUUUCUAAAAAUGCAAGACUUGCAAGUUUCAUAUCUUGUACUCUAUCAGGAAAAGGUGCAUCCCUUCUUUAUAGGCAGUACAGUAAGUACCUUAACUUUCUAGUUUUGUGAGGACUUUGCCUAUCAGUUUAGUAUGCUGCAUCCAAGAGGAAAUAGCCUAAUUUAGGUUUUUGUAUUAGAACAGAAGACUAGAUCACACAUACAGUAGAGGGAAAGUAUGCCCAUUUUGCUUAGUUUUAAUUGUUUGAAUGGUUUCAUCAUUUACUAAUGAUCUGAGGAUGGGCUUUAGUGAAGACGGGUAUACUUCUAAUCAGAGAAAUAUUGAUAAUCUGAUUAAGGUGUGCCACAUCUCAUCGACUGUACAUGCAGCCUCUUAUAGGGAUAUCAUUUGCAUCAUAUUUUAUUCUCUUUUUGAACAGUCUUGUUAAUUCAAGUAUAAUAUAGUAAAUGAAAGUCCUAAAAUUCAGUCAGUCAUUGAAGGAAAGUUUAAUUUAUUUGGAAUGAUCAAUGCCAGCAUGUCUUUAUGUCCAUAUACAGUAUGUCAUGGAAAAUUUUUCCAGGGUUAUGUAGGCCUAUUUGUUAGACCAGACUAAGGACAUUGUAGUGACUGUUGUUUAGGGCACUCAUAUUUAAACAGUGAAAUUAGUCAUAACAUAGGCUAAGAAGGCUUCAGUCUGCUGUGAAGAUAUAACGUCUGUUUGAUUUUAUAAAACAAAAGUAAUUGUGAGUCAGAUAUCAAACAUUCGGUCAUCUCUAUUUUCCAACCAUCUGCCAACCUCUGUCAAUUCCACGUCUUCCAUGCACUUGCCGUUAAAACAAAACUUUCCAAAGCAUUGCAUAUCACCAUCACAAAUGACUUAUUCACAGCCUUAAUUCUUAACCCAUGGCCUUCCAUCUCCUUUCAUACUUUUUAUUUAGUAUUGUAGCAAUGGAAAGGUAUCUCUCUUAAUCAUAUACAUAUCUUCAAAAUGUAGCAUCUUAGUUGUUUGUUUGUGUAGAGAGUGUGAAGAGUACUGACUGGAUGGAUAUUCUCUGCAGUUUGGAGCAGAAAUAUGAGUUCCACCAACACAACAAAUCAAGACAUAUAUUUAUUUUUCCCUUUAUAUUCUUUUUGUUGAAAGCUUGAUUUCUGUUUAUGCUGUAUUAUAUGAAGGCAUGUGGUGAAGAAAAAAGUAAUCUAGAAAAAAAGAGAAUCAUUUACUAUGCAAAUGUGUACAUUGCUGCAUGCAGAUUCUUUUCCUUCCUCAGCUACUUAGUGGCUUCAUUUGAGUUUUAAAUUGUGUUAUUGUUAUUUUUGUGAAAGAAUACAUUCAAAAGGGAAAUGCAGAACUGCAUGAGUAAAACCACAUUUCAGUUCACCAAAAGAAAGAGAAAUAGGUUUUAUGGGAAAUGGAUGUAUAAUUAGAACCAACAAGCUGCAUUAAUAUGAACUUAUUUUGUAAAAUAAAUUCAGAACUCUGUUAUAAUAAUGG